AAUUUUGCAAACAGUUGAAAAAUGAGAUUCUUCAGAAAAAGUACAUUUCGUCUGCCACAAUUGACGAAUUUCAAUUCGCUAAGUGCUAGUGCAUUCACUGAAAGUUCUACAACAACAACAUCACCUGUUCUAGAGGGUGAUGGGUUGACGGUAUAUAGUACUGGAGACAAGCCACCGCAGAUUGUUUUAGACAACGACAGCAUUCACAAAGCCGAUAUUGCGGUGGAGGCUAAACCUCUAGAGGAGCUAGAGCCAAUAAAAGAUGGCGAACUCCCUGAUACCAAAUUGACAAUCGACGCUGCCAAGUAUGAGCAACCGCCAGAGAAACAUUGGAUUUAUCGACGUUUAUAUAUUUUGAAUUGGCUGCAGAAAUACGAUCGUGAAACAGCUAUAUCCGAUUUAAUUGCCGGCAUCACAUUGGGACUCACUAUUAUACCACAGAGUAUCGCUUAUGCGGCAUUGGCUGGACUCUCUUCAGAAUAUGGUUUAUACUCGGCUAUCAUUGGCCAAAUCUUCUAUGCUAUAUUCGGCACAAUUCCACAAGUAUCAAUUGGACCUACCAGUUUGAUGUCGCUGAUGGUGUUGCAGUUCGUUGGCGAUCGUCCUGUACAAUUUGUGGUUGUACUCUCAUUUUUAGCGGGUCUUGUAGAGUUUCUAAUGGGCGCCUUUCAAUUGGGUUUCAUCGUGAAUUUCAUUCCAACGCCCGUGACGAAAGCUUUCACCAGCGCUACCGCUGUCAUUGUGGCUGCUGUGCAAGUAAAAAAUUUAUUAGGUAUAAAAACGAAAGGUGUACCAUCGAUUGAAGUACUGUUCAGGAGCAUACGUUACUCGGAUACCCUACUGGGCUUGGUAUGCCUGACGGCAUUACUUUCGCUAAGACAACUAUCUCACAUCAGUAUUAAAAAGAAUACUCCAACCACACGCAUACUUAAGAGAUUGCUUUGGUAUAUCAGCAUCUCACGCAAUGCUCUAGUUGUGUUCCUCUGCAGUUUGGGCACAUUCCUUUGGGUAAAACAACGCUCCGCGGAGGCAAUCCCAUAUGCACUCACCGCAAAGGUGAAUUCCGCUCAACUGGAAUUGCAUUUGCCACCAUUCGCCUUCGACUACAAAAACACUACCUAUAUGUUUUCUGACAUCGUUAGCGAAUUGGGCAGCGGCAUUAUUGUGGUGCCGAUUGUGGCCAUAUUAGCAAACGUGGCUAUUGCAAAAGCAUUCGUGAAGGACAAUCGCUUGGAGGCUUCGCAGGAAAUGCUUACACUUGGCAUUUGUAACUUGGCUGGUUCAUUCUUCAACUGCAUACCAACUUGUGGCGCAUUCACGCGUUCCGCUGUCAGUCAGGCCAGUGGUGUGCGCACUCCGCUUUGUGGUAUUUACACAGCUUUAAUGGUAUACCUGGCACUCACCGUACUCACUCCCUACUUUGGUUAUAUACCAAAGUCGUCGAUUUCUGCGGUACUCAUUGCUGCUGUCGUGUUUAUGAUUGACUUCUCACCCAUUAAAACCCUCUGGAAUAGCAACAAAAAGGAUUUCUUCAGUUGGGUUGGAUGCUUCAUUGUUUGUCUCUUUGCUGGCGUGCAAACGGGUCUAUGCUUUGGCAUCGUACUUAACAUGGUAUUCGUAUUUCUACGACUGGGUAAUCCUAAGGUGGAUGUAACGCUGAUGGAGAUCGAAAGCCGCAACUACAUAUUCGUCAGUCCCACUUCCGAUGUCUACUAUUCGGGUAUUGAAUAUAUACGCGAUAAAAUCAACGAUGCUUGUCUGCUGUAUCGAGAUGAUUUCCCAGUUGUAUUGGACUGCCGUCGCUUCGUCCAAUUCGAUGCCACCUUCGUCGAUGUCCUCAAUGCUUUGGCUAAAGAGUUGGAGGGUCGUAGUGUGCUAUUAGUGCUGUACGGUGUGAACAAGGAUUUGCUACAGCUAAUGCAUAAAUCCAGUAAUAUCAAUUUUUGUGACGGCAGACGCAUUUGUUCUGAUGAUAUAACGCCAAAGAAACCAGAAUUUGACGGUAAUGGAAAAUAAAUACAUAGAUGGAAACAAGAUAUAAAAUGAGCUGACUUUAUACCAAAUAUCGAUAGAAAACAAAAGGAAAUAGGUGAAAAAGUCCUUCGAGUACAUGCUGGUGUACAUAAAAGUGAUUUCAACGCGUACCUCAUCACCUAAAAAAUUGUGCGACUAUUUCAUUUACGUAGGCACACUCUU